AUGGGGGUUUCCCAAAGAGGCGGCCUGGGAGCCCGGCAGCUGGUGUUCUCGAUUCUGUUCGGGACAGCCUGGGAGAUAGCAAGCAGCCAGGUCCAUUACUCGCUGCCGGAGGAAGCGAAACACGGUACAUUUGUGGGGCGAAUCGCGCAGGACCUGGGCCUGGAGGUCGGGGAGCUGGUGUCACGACUCUUCCGGGUGGUGUCCGAGGGCCGCAGGGACUACCUGGAGGUAAACGUGCAGAACGGCAUUUUAUUUGUGAAUUCUCGGAUCGACAGGGAGGAGCUGUGCGGCCGCAUCCCUGUUUGUAGCAUCCACCUGGAGGUGAUCGUGGACAAGCCUCUACAGGUUUUCCACGUGGAGGUGGAGAUCAAAGAUAUUAAUGACAAUCCGCCUGUGUUCCCGGAAAAACAACAAAACAUAUUUAUUUCAGAAUCGAGACUCCUAGACUCGCGUUUUCCACUAGAGGGAGCGUCAGAUGCGGAUAUUGGCGCAAACUCUCUGCUGAAGUACCAACUUAGUCAUAAUGACUAUCUUACUCUGGAAAUGAUAACUAAAAACGACAAAAGAAUAUUGCCUGAACUAGUAUUACAUAAAUUGUUGGACAGGGAGGAAACUCCAGAAAUCCGUUUGUUACUGACGGCCACUGAUGGGGGAAAACCUGAGCUCACCGGAACAGUUGAGCUACUUAUCACAGUCUUGGAUGUCAAUGACAACCCUCCUAAGUUUGAUAAAUCUGAAUAUAAAGUUAAACUCUUUGAAAACUCACCAAACGGGACUCUAAUGAUUAAACUUAACGCUUCAGAUUCCGACAAAGGAAUCAAUGGAGAGAUUUCUUACACAAUUAAAAGGAUUUCACCAGAAAGUGAAAAAUGCAUGUUUAUUAUGAAUUCAGUUACUGGAGACAUCCGAAUUCAUGGCGAGCUCGAUUUUGAAGACAAUGAUGUAUAUGAAAUCCAGGUAACAGCCACUGACAGAGGAGCUCCUCCCAUGGCAGGUCAUUGCACAAUCUUAUUGGAAGUCGUGGACAUCAAUGAUAACGCCCCUGAAGUGUCAGUGACCUCCCUGUCACUGCCAGUCUUAGAGGAUGCCCCAGCAGGCACAGUCAUCGCUCUUGUUAGUGUGUCCGACCGAGAUUCUGGAGCCAAUGGUCAGGUGACUUGCUCGCUGUCGCCCCUGGGGCCCUUCACGCUGGUGUCCACUUUCAGGAAUUACUACUCGCUGGUGCUGGACAGUUCUGUUGACCGUGAGAGCGUGCCUGCCUAUGAGCUAGUGGUGACUGCGAGGGAUGAGGGGACGCCAGUGCUUUGGGCCACGGCCAGAGUAUCUGUGGACAUCAGAGAUGUAAACGACAAUGCACCUUCCUUCGAGCAGCUUGUGUACACGAUAUUUGUGAAAGAGAACAACCCACCCGGACAUCACAUCUUCACAGUGUCCGCAUCAGAUCCAGAUGCGCAGGAGAACGCGCUGGUGUCUUACUCUCUGGUGGAGGGGCGGGUUGGGGAGCGUCCGCUGUCGAGUUAUGUGUCUGUGCACUCGGGGAGCGGGAAAGUGUACGCCUUGCAGCCUCUAGACCACGAGGAGCUGGAGCUGCUGCAGUUCCAGGUAAGUGCCCGAGAUGCUGGCUUCCCUCCUCUGGGCAGCAACGUGAGCCUGCAGGUGUUCGUGCUGGAUGAGAACGACAACGCGCCGGCUGUGUUGCCACCGCACUCUGGCGAUAGCCCAGUGACCGAGCUGGUGUCACAGUCGGUGGCUGUGGGCCAUGUGGUGGCGAAGAUCCGGGCUGUGGAUGGGGACUCUGGCUAUAAUGCUUGGCUAUCUUAUGAGUUGCUGCCGGAGGUGGGCGUUGGGCGCAACCCUUUCCGAGUGGGUCUGUACACUGGCGAGAUCAGCACGACCCGAGCUCUGGAGGAGUCAGAUGGCCCUCAGAAGAUGCUGCUUGUCUUGGUAAAGGACCAUGGAGAGCCUGCCUUGUCUGCAACGGCCACAGUCAGUGUGUCCCUUGUGGAAAGUGGACUGUCGGUGAAGGCCUUGUCUUUCAAUGCUGCAGCAGCAGCAGCUGCUGGGCCCACACCUGAGGCAACUCUGGUCGAUGUGAAUGUGUAUUUGAUCAUAGCUAUCUGCUCGGUUUCUAGUUUGUUGGUGCUGAGUCUGCUGUUGUAUGUGGCUCUUCGGUGUUCGGUACCCCCACAGGCUGUGUAUGGGCCUGGGAACCCCACACUGGUGUGCUCUAAUGGGAUGGAGAGCUGGUCUUAUUCCCAGCACCGACCACAGAAGGUUUGCUUUGGAGAGGUCUCCGCCAAAACUGAUCUCAUGGCCUUCAGCCCUAACCUUCCCCUGUCAAAUGAGGAGAGUCAGAAUCCCUGUCUAAUUGUGAGUUACUUAUUCUUCAAUUGCAUGUUUUUAAUCAAAAUUUAA